GCCCGGCCCGGCCCGGCCCGGCCCUGCCCGGCCCUCCCCGUCAUGCCCCGGGCUCGCUGAGCGGCCCCGCUGUGGAUCUAAUGUCCCCGUGAAGGUGCCGGAGGCCCGGCAGGAGCUGCCCGCUGCGGACCUCGCCCCGCGCCGACGGCUCCGCGGAGCCCCGCCACGAUGGGCAGCAAGGCGCUGCCGGCGCCCAUCCCGCUGCACCCGUCCCUGCAGCUCACCAACUACUCCUUCCUCCAGGCCGUCAACACCUUCCCCGCGGCCGUGGACCAGCUGCAGGGGCUGUACGGGCUGAGCGCCGUGCAAACCAUGCACAUGAACCACUGGACGUUGGGCUACCCCGGCGUGCACGAGAUCGCCCGCUCCGCCCUCACGGAGAUGGCGGCCGCGCAGGGCCUGGUGGACUCGCGCUUCCCCUUCCCCGCGCUGCCCUUCGCCGCGCACCUCUUCCACCCCAAGCAGGGCGCCGCGGCCCACGUCCUCCCGGCGCUGCACAAGGAGCGGCCCCGCUUCGACUUCGCCAACCUGGCGGCGGCCGCCACGCAGGAGGACCCCCCGAAGGCGGGGGAGCUGGGCAAGCUGGGCCCCGGACUGCCGUCGCCCCUCUCGGGGCUCAGCAAGCUGUCCCCGGACAGGAAGCCCUCGCGGGGCCGCCUGCCCUCCAAGACGAAAAAGGAGUUCAUCUGCAAGUUCUGCGGCCGCCACUUCACCAAGUCCUACAACCUGCUCAUCCACGAGCGGACCCACACGGACGAGCGGCCUUACACCUGCGACAUCUGCCACAAAGCGUUCCGGCGGCAGGACCACCUGCGGGACCACCGGUACAUCCAUUCCAAAGAGAAACCCUUCAAGUGCCAGGAGUGCGGGAAGGGCUUCUGCCAGUCCAGGACCCUGGCGGUCCACAAAACGCUGCACAUGCAGGAAUCUCCACACAAAUGCCCCACAUGUGGAAGAACCUUUAAUCAGAGAAGUAACCUGAAAACUCACCUUCUUACCCAUACAGACAUCAAGCCCUACAACUGUGAGCGGUGCGGCAAAGUGUUCAGGCGAAACUGUGAUCUACGGCGGCACAGCCUGACGCACACCCCGCGGCAGGACUUCUGAGCGGCGCGGAGCCGCAGCUGAGCGCUGCGGUGCGGAGCCGCGGCCGUGCGCGGGGCCCCGGGGCCGCUCGUUGGCACCGCGCGUCCGCCAGAGCCGCCCCGAGGUGGGGUG